AUGUUGACCUCACUUACGUUGAAUCGGUCGCUUUCCAUACUAGGAAAUUCAGCGGUUGCUUUUGCUCUUCGUGGAUUUGCUACUGGCAAGUUCGUGAGGACCAAACCUCAUUUAAAUUUGGGGACAAUUGGUCACGUUGAUCACGGUAAGACUACUCUUACUGCAGCUAUCACUAAAAUACUCAGCGAUAAGGGGCUGGCGGACUUCCAAACGUAUGAGGCUAUCGAUCGAGCACCUGAGGAAAAACGACGAGGUAUCACAAUAAACCAAACUCACGUUGAAUAUUCAACCGACAAGCGACAUUACGGUCACGUAGACUGCCCCGGCCACGCUGAUUACGUUAAAAAUAUGAUCACAGGAGCUGCUCAAGUCGACGGAGCCAUCCUCGUCGUGUCGGCUUUCGACGGUCCCAUGCCCCAGACUAGAGAGCACAUUCUUCUGGCUAAGCAGAUCGGAGUGCCGAGAUUAGUAGUGUUUCUUAAUAAGAUGGACCAAGUUGACGACCCUGAACUAGUCGAGCUCGUCGAACUCGAAGUUAGAGAGCUUUUGGAGUUUUAUAAAUAUCCUGGAGAAGAAACGCCAUUUGUGAAAGGAUCAGCGUUGAAGGCCCUGAGGGGAGAGGAAGGCGAAUACGGCAAGGAGGCGAUAUUGAAGCUGAUGGACGCAGUUGAUGAGUAUAUACCUGAGCCACCGCGACUUCAGGACAAACCGUUUUUGCUGCCAAUUGAGACAGUGGUCAACAUUCAAGGAAAAGGUUAUGUUGUUACUGGACGAAUAGAGCAAGGAUUGGUAAAGGUUGGGGAUGCCUUGGAGAUUGGUAAAGAGAAGUUCAAGUCGCAGUGUAUGGGGGUAGAGAUGUUUCAUAAGACUUUGGACCAAGGCAUGGCUGGCGAUCAGUGUGGGGUUAUGCUGAAGGGCGUGAAGAAAAAUCAGAUCAGACGAGGCAUGGUACUCACCAAGCCAGGAGCUGCUAAGACGUAUACAGAAUUCGAGAGCGACUUAUAUGUGUUGAAGGAGGAUGAGGGGGGUAGGAAGAACCCUUUUCACAGCGAGUAUCGCCCACAGGCGUACAUCAGAACGGGAGAUUGUUCAUGCAGAAUUAUACUCCCUGAUGAUGUCGAUAUGGCUAUGCCUGGUGAUAGCAUUAAAGCGACAUUGAAAUUGGACAGACCCCAGGCAGUUGAAGCUUGCGGUUUGCUCUACGAGAAGGAGGGAAGACAGUUGCGAGUGGUUUGA